AUGCAGAGCGAAUCCGAACCCAUUCUCGGCCGUAUCGUACUUGUCGGAGAUACACAGGUCGGCAAAACAUCCAUUAUUCAGAAAUAUCUUCGUGGCCAAUGUUCUCAAGAGCAGAAAAGUACAAUCGGUGCAGUUUUCCAUACUCAAGAAGUUGUUUUCAAUAACCGUAAAGUUUCAUUUCAGAUUUGGGAUACUGCAGGCCAAGAGAGAUAUAAAGCACUUGGUCCAAUCUAUUAUCGUAAGUCAAAUGCUGCAAUCGCUGUUUUCGAUCUUACUCGUAAGGAAACUCUCCAGUCUUUAGAAUCUUGGAUUGAUACAUUCCGUUCCAACUCCGAUGAUAAUUUCGUUGUUAUUGCAGCUAAUAAGUCUGAUCUUGAAUCAAGCGUCUGUUUCUCAGUUGAGGAGACAUCAGAAUUUGCUUCCAGAUUAGGCUGCGAGUGCAUCUGGGUUUCUGCAAUGACUGGCGUUGGCAUUGAAGAGUUAUUCCAAGCAAUCACAGAACAUGUCUAUAGUAAAGUUGUUGUUCCAUCGGAUGAACAUGUUGUCGAUGUUACAAAGGCCCAGGUUAACGCCGAAGGCGAGCAACCUUGCUGCUAA